UAUGAACCUGAAAAUGUAAAUAAAGUUUUUAGUUCAUGUAAACAAAAUACAUGGUAUUUAAACAAGCUAGGAAAUACUUAUUUUUAGCAGAAUUUUGUACCAGACGCGAUCAUGAACUGAUCAAGUUAUUGCUUUAGUUAUGUAUUGGAAGAUAACUGGGAAAGAAAGGCUUUUUAGGUAUUAGUAUCGCUUUGCACUGUAACAUUCUCCCGCAAUCUGCAAUGCCUACUUUUAUGUAUUUUAAAAUACUACAAAACAUUCAAGAGGAAUGAAGCUUAAAAUACUAAUGCAUGUAUACCAAGCAUUCUGUGAUGUGGACAUGUAAUUUGAUUAUUUUAAUAUUUAAUAUUCAAUUGGUACUAUCACGCAAUGACCCAAAAAAUGAUCCUAGGAAUAAUGGAGAUUUAGCAUUAUGGAUAGACGAAAAACAAGUCAAAAUGUUCAGUGGGAUGUCAAUGGAAAUAUAUGCUAUAGUAAAUGGAAAUGUACUACCAUAUAUUUUGGACCCAAAUUUUGAAAAAUAUCUUCCAGUUAUUCCAUCUGAAGUUAGUUAUGUGAAUUUUACUUGGAAAGCUGGGAAUAAAAAAUACUACUACCAUUUUGAUAGACUUCAGUCUUAUGACCAAAGUAUUCUGGAAGCGCCUGUUAUUUCAAUUAAAACUAAAGGUAGAGUUCCAAGGCGUCCCAAAGAAUUUAGCAUUUUAUUACCAUGUUUGGGUAACAGUUCUGGUAUUGCUAAGUUUGGAAUUGGACUACUUAUUGAAAGCAGGAAAGGAAAACCUUUAAAUGGAACACCGUUAAGAUUAAAACUCAAAAAGGAGUGCGCUCAACGAAAUCCCGAUCCCGAAUGUGAUAAAAAAUGUGCCAACCAAGGUAGAUGUAACCAUGAAAAAAUUUGUCAGUGUCCUGAAGGUUACAUGGGCCCUUAUUGCCGAACUGCAUUAUGUUAUCCACAGUGUAUGAAUGGAGGAAAUUGUACUUCCCCCGGGAUUUGUAGCUGUCCUCCAGGAUUUCAAGGAAGGCAUUGCGAAGGAGGCAUAUGCGGUGAAAAAUGUCUUAAUGGUGGAAAAUGUAUUCAAAAAGAUACUUGUGAAUGCUCUAAGGGAUACUAUGGUCCUCACUGUGAAUACUCUCGCUGCAUUAUUCCUUGUUUGAAUGGGGGAAAAUGUAAAGCUGUAAAUAAAUGUCGCUGUCCAAGAGGAUUCCGAGGUGAUCAUUGUGAAAUUGGAAGGGCUAAACCAGCUAGAAGUAAUUGUCAAUUAGCCUGCAAGCAUGGUACAUGUGUAGAAGAUGCUUGUGUCUGUGAUCCUGGAUGGUAUGGCAGACUCUGUCACCACAGUAAGUUUUCUAUUAAUUUUUUCUCCACCUAAAAAGGCGAAAUAAUUGAUCUCUGUAACAAUCCAAAAAGUAAUCAAGGAUAAUUAAAAAACAAUAAUUUGGCUGCAUUUCUUCACAGACUUUGAAUUCUUGAACAAAAUUUAAUGAUGCGUCUAUUUUAUACUAUAAUCUGCCGAUGUGGUAUUAAACUAAAACAUGUGUUUUGUUGAAAAUAUUUCUUGAUUUCUUAAUUUCUGAAAUUAUUUUCUACAUCAUUAUCUAAAUAAACUACUCGUUAAUACUUUAAUAUUCUAUUUUUAAAAAUAAAAAUUAUGAAAUCAGGUUUGUGAACAAUGUGUUGAUAUAGAUACAAUUUCAGUUCAUGUGGACCCUAGAUUAAAGACUUACUAGAUACUUAAUGGGAAAGUUGGUGAACAGAUUACCUAGUGAAAAAAGUAAUCUUUAGUUGUGUUCAGAAUUGUGAUGCAUUCAAGUUCAGUGGCGGCUCAUGGUAAAAUUUUUUUGGUAUUCUGCAAUGUUUCCAAAAAACUUACCUUGUCAAAUUUCCUUUGAUUUUAUCCACUUCCGUGCUGAAUUAUCGGAUUGUUAGAACAGUUGCCACACAAGAAAAAUAUGAAUCACCAAGCGCUAUUUUGCAUCAUACCGAGGACUCUAGUAUACUUUACUACUUUAGUUUUAUUUUCUUUAUAGAAAAUUCUCGAUAUUUCAAUUUUUAAAAAUGUCUAGGAAAACUUGAAUAUUUUUAAUACUUCCAGUAACUUAACCAUGCUAAGAGAUUGUUCACUAAACGAAACUAUGCUUCAGGACUCAAUUAGAGUUGGCUAUCUAAUCCAUACGUAGAAGUCCAUGCUAUGCUUAUCGUUUUCAUCAUGUCCGCGGAGAACUAAUUUAAAUGCACCUCAAAAUUUAAUAUGAUUGAUUUUUGACAAUAUAUUCUACGAAACAUUUUAUUAUGUUUCUGAAAAUUUAACCAAUGAGCAGAAUAUAAUUAAGCCAUAAUAGUGGUUGAUUUGAUUCCGUGCAAUUGUAAAGAUGGCUUUUGAAGUUUUCUAGCUUUUUUUAUCAUCAAACUUGAAUGCUCUAGAUCAUUGACCCCUACUUCCAUCCAAACUUUAUUGCCACCAAAAAGUAAGCAGGUGUGUGUGUAAAAGAAAAUGGCUUGGGAGCAAGUCCAUCAGCCAAUCCAUGAUUCCAUCUAAAUAUUAAUUUUAAUAUCCUUGAUGAAAUUUACCAAUAGACCUAAAAUAUGACGGUUACAAAGUGUGUGCGGUUUAAAGGUAGAGAGUAAUUUUGUUUAAUAAGUGAUUGUAAUAAAUUGUUUGUUUUCCAUCCAAAGAAAAUUUGAUUGAGAUUAGCAUAAGAAUUGUCAUCGCAGGUAUAGGUUGAUGAUUGUAUAAAGCCAAGCUUGGCAAGAUGGGCAAUAUUUCCCAUGACUAAUUUUUAUUUUCAAUAUACAUGCGGGAUAAAAUUCGGAGUUGUGUGAUUAAAAAUAUAAUUUACAGGUGAGGGUGGGUAAGUAAGGAAAACAAUAUAAGUAUUUUUUUGGUUGCAAACGAAAAUCCAAUCAUCGCGUUCCUCGUGUGUAAGCACUGGAGGGGUUUGAGAGAAGAAGUAGAGAAGAUUAUUAGCCCCCCAAACCCAGAUAAUAUCGUUCAGGUGAUGCUGCAUAAGGUAGAAUGUUUGCAACUACCUGCACAGGAAGAAUUCUUAGGAAAAAGAUUGUAGACGGCUGUCUGGUAUUAUUAUUAUUAUAUAGAAAACGAACAAACGGAACAACAUACAUUGACAGAUUCCCCAAUCAGAUGUAAUAUCACCAUAGUUCCUGGUUGGAUUGAGAUAACGGAAGAUAGCGGUUUAGUGGGUUGGCUACGGGGGUCCCACAUAUUCAGAUGGACUUCACUUACAUUAUUUGUCUGGUUUUAAUUAUAUUAUUAAUAUAUUUGAUUCAAAAUUUAUUAAAGUGUAAUUUAAAAAAAUAGUUACUUAAAAUCUUGCCUAUUAAAAAUAGCUAAACAGAUAGAAUAAAAAGAUAAAAAGUUAUGUUAUGUUAUGUAUUUAUGGCAAUAGAGAGACUAGUAGGACAGAGACUGAGGCUGACUAAAAUACUAUAUACAAAAUUUUGAUUUUUUUUUUGUUUCAGUGAUCAUGUGAACGAGAUGUUAUCCAAACUAGACACAUAUUAUCUUAUCUACAACUCUCUUACUAAACUUCAGAUAUUCUUAAAUGUUUAUAUGUGACUCAUUAUGACAAUACAACAUAUUGAAUAUAAAUAGCUUGUUAAUAAAUUUCUAAUUGCAUUACGAUUUAUUAUAUGUUUUAUAUAUAAAGUUUAUUGCAAGCUCUAAAUCCAAAGCAAGCCAAAAUAUUUUUGUAAAGUUUUUUAAAAAUAUUUAUAUUGAUUUUUGUGUGAUAUGACAAUUGUACGGAAUCUUAAAUAAUUUUGAAAAUAAAUGUUUCAAUAACAA